AUGGUGCUUGAUCCACUAAGUUCACUGUCUCUGGCAUGUACCGUCUGCCAGUUCCUUGAAUUUUCUGGUACAUUGUUCUCCAAGUCUCACAAAAUCUAUAAGAGUGCCACAGGAUACGACGAAGACACCGACUCUUUGCUUGGAAUCACCAGGGAUUUGCGCUCUUUGACAGAUAAAUUGGAGCCACCCAUUCAUUCAAAGUCCUUAUCCGCUGAAGAAACGGAACUCGCCAAUCUUGGCGAUAGAUGCAAAAAAACUGCCGAUGAGCUUCUCCUUGUCCUGGGUGAUCUGCAGGACAGUAAAACUUCAAGAUGGAGCAGCUUUCGCGCAGCGCUAAAAACAGUGUGGACACACGACCGCAUCGAUGAAAUGGCUAGAAAGCUUGAGUCAUAUAGAUCGCAGCUUAUUCUCCGCUUGACAAUCAUGCAGAGCUCCAAUGGCAGCAAUGUGCGCGUCAUGAAUAAAUUGCUCGAAACCAAUCACCUGAUCCGGGGCGGAUUGGCACCAUCCAUCGAAGGGUUGAGGAUUACAGUAAUGGAAUCGAUGGAAACACUGAGAGCUGACUUCGAGAGGCAAAGCAGACUGUUUAUGCUUGCUCUAGAGGAAGACAGAAACGAGAAAAACAAGCCUCAGCUGCAGUUGAAUCGGCAACACGAAAUUCGACAACUGGAAGCGCUCCAGCCGGUUGAUAUCACCGCAAUCACGCAGAAGAUACAGAACACAGCUCUUGCCACUAAUAUGCUAGCCACGGAAUUAUUCAUCAUGCGAACUCUUCGUUUCGACGGUAUGGAGCUGCGUAGGUCCCAAGUUUCAGAGGCUCACAAGCGCACGUACCGCUGGGCUUACAUGUCGAACUUUUCGGAAUGGAUGGUUUCAGAAGACCCUCUCUUUUGGAUAAGCGGGAAACCAGGAUCAGGGAAAAGUACUUUGAUGAAGUACCUAGUCAACAGCCCCGAUACAUAUGCAUAUCUACGGAAAUGGGCAGGGACAAGGAAGCUGGUAAUUAUCGACUACUUCUUUUGGAUCAAUGGCUCCGAUAUCCAUCGCUCACAAGAGGGUCUGCUUCGAUCCUUGCUAUUUGAUAUCUUUCAAAAGUGUCCUGAACUCAUUCAAAAAAAAUUUCCAGAGCGAUGGGGUGAAUCUGUAAACAUGAGUCUUGACCUCAAGGGGUCCAUGAUAUCGUGGAAUCGUCAGGAGUUACUAAGCGGCUUGCAAAGGAUCACCCAACAAACGACUUUGUCCAAUGCGUUCUGUAUCUUCAUCGAUGGGCUCGAUGAAUAUGAGGGCGAGCACGAGGACCUGCUUUGUGUCGCAAGCCGACCUUGGAACGUUUUUGAAAAAGCUCUUGGAACGGAUCCCAGUCGCAAAAUUUACCUAGAACAUCUGAACAAACCCGACAUCGAGCUCUACGUGAAGAACACAUUGCAGGACCGCGCUGACUUUCAAGCAUUGGCAAUGUCUGAUCCAGAUGCCACAGAGCUAGCAUUAGACAUUGUUCAACGAUCCAAUGGCGUAUUCCUUUGGGUCUACCUAGUCGUGCUUCUAGUGAAACAGGGCCUAGUCAAUGAGGAUAGACUCGUGGACCUGAAGCGUCGCGUGAGCGCCUAUCCGGCCGACCUCAACAAUUUUUUCAAACAUAUAAUGGACUCACUGGACCCAUUAUAUCAAGCUCAAAUCGCUACUGGGUUUUCUGUGGCAUUGGCGGCGAGGGAACCGCUUUCAAUCGUCAGCUUCUGGUACCUUGAUGAAUUGGAGCUGGAUUCUAAUGUUGCAAUCGCUAAGAAGAUUGACGAACCGGCCGUGAAGAGCAAUAGGCUGGACAGUUUUUGGAGAGACGAGGUUCGUAAAAUGGAGGCACGUCUCAAUGGACGAUUCAAAGGACUUCUAGAGAUUGUGAAGAUGCCCAAAUGGGAAGUCCCUUCCGACAUCAUGGUAGAAUUUCUCCAUCGGACGGUGCGAGACUUUCUCACCACAGAAGAAUGCCAGCGAGCACUGAAAGAUUGGACUCCUACCGGGUUUGAUGUCCAUUCUGCACUGUGCAAUAUCCAACUCGCUGAGAUAAAAGAGUUGCACCCAAAACUGGCAGAAUUGAGCACUUUGAAGAGAUUGGCAGAGGGUACAUUUUACUCUGCACAGCAAUUCGAGAAAUAUCAUCAGAGGUCGCUCAACAAAGCGCUUGAACAUCUCGAACGUACAAUUGACAGUUAUGGCUUGGGAAUGUCCCCAUGGGAGGAGCUAGAAGUUAGAAGCUUCACCAUGUAUGCCGUCAUGAGUAACCUGACCGGCUAUAUCUCUCAUCUUCUUGAGACGGGCUUUCUCAGCGAUAUGGAGAGAUUGAGAUGUCUUCGAAAAAUCUUUGACACGACUAGAGAUUUAAGCGCAGAUGUUUUGCACGACCCCGAACCUAAGAUAGCAGUGAUUGAAAAUCCCCUAAACAUGAUUAUCCUCCUGGCGGAGACGCGCCCUCUAACGAAAAUUCCAUUUAACAAGAUACUUACUGGGCUGGAAGUGUACGAUACAUCGACCAUCGUCAGUAUCUUGCGAUGCCUUUGCAAGAAUGGACAUGUGGACAUUGAACAGUUUCAACUUCUCGCCCCCCGAGUCAGAAGACUCACUAGUUCAUGGGAUGCGAAGGAGCUAGAAGAAAUGAUUCGUCCAGGAAAGGAUCUAGCGACCAGAACCAUACGAAGCGAUCUAUCUCGGAAGAAAAACAACACUAACACGAAAGAGAAGGGAAGAUUACACAGUUGGUUGGGGAAGAUCAAAUAUCGCCAAUGA